GUGGGCCGCGGCCUCGGGAGCCUCCUGGGGUAGGGCAGCCGAGGACCAGGACCCAGCCGCUGAGCUGGGGGGCGGACCUCUCCCCAGGCGAUGGCACCUGCCGUGCUGCCUGGGAGAAUGGAGUCCCAGGGCAGGGUCUGGAAGGCGGGGGAGCAGUGAGCCGGCGCCUGCGUCUGCAUCUGGCCCCGGGUCGCUGCAGGAGUGGCUGGCUGGGGCCGUGAGUCCCCCGGGCCUGCCCCCCACCCCCACCCGUGCCGCCUCCCAUCUGCCCCUGGUGCUGCUUAUCGGGUAACCGGAGCCGCAGCCACGUCCACGCCUGAAACAGGAAGCCCAGCUGGGCCUGGGCACGAGCUGCCACCGCCGCCGAGAGCCGGGGGAUGGAGGAGCAGCAGGCGCUGGCGGCCGCCAAGGGUGGGGAUGUGGCCACCUUGGAGCGGCUGCUGGAGGCCGGCACACUGGGCCCGGGCAUCACCGACAACCUGGGGGCUGGUCUGGUGCACCACGCUGCCCGCGCCGGCCACCUGGACUGCGUCCGGUUCCUGGUGCAGCAGGCCAAGCUGCCCGGCAACCAGCGGGCCCAGAACGGGGCCACCCCGGCACACGACGCUGCCGCCACCGGCCACCUGGCCACGCUGUGCUGGCUGAUCCUCAACGGAGGCUGCGGGCUGCAGGACCGGGACACCUCGGGCGUAUCCCCGCUGCACCUGGCCGCCCGCUUCGGACACCCAGCGCUGGUGGAGUGGCUGCUGCGGGAGGGCCACGCGGCCACACUGGAGACGCUGGAGGGCGCCCUGCCGCUGCACCACGCGGCGGUCAGUGGGGACCUCACCUGCCUGAAGCUCCUGGCUGCCGCCCACGGCAGUGGUGUGAACCGGCAGACCCACAGCGGCGCCUCCCCGCUCUACCUGGCCUGCCAGGAGGGCCACCUGCACCUGGCCCAGUUCCUGGUGAAGGACUGCGGCGCCGACGUGCACCUGCGCGCCCUGGACGGCAUGAGCGCCCUGCACGCAGCCGCCGUGCGCGGCCACUACUCGCUGGUCGUCUGGCUGGUCACCUUCACAGACAUCGGCUUGAUGGCACGGGACAACGAGGGAGCCACAGCCCUGCACUUCGCGGCCCGUGGCGGCCACACACCCAUCCUGGACCGGCUGCUGCUGAUGGGGGCCCCGGUGACCAGGGACUCCUGGGGCGGGACCCCACUGCACGACGCGGCUGAGAGCGGACACGUGGAGUGCUGCCAGACCCUGCUGUCCCAUCACGUGGACCCCUCCCUGAGGGACGAAGACGGGUACACAGCGGCGGACCUGGCAGAGUACCACGGGCACCAGGACUGUGCCCGGUACCUGCGAGAGAUGGCGCGGCCGGUGCCCAUCCUGAUGACGCCCCCGCCUCCGCCCUCCCCGCCCCCGCCGCUGUCGGCCGCGAAGCUCUCCCAGCAGGACGGCGAGAGAGGGGGCCCCGGGCACAGGAGCCCCACGCCCUCUGCACUCAGCCCGGCGUGGCCCGGCCAGCCUGUCCUGAGGGCACCGAUGGACUGCCCCGCACCCCCGAGCAUCCCUGCCAGUGACCCAGCCAAUCCCCUGGGGGCAGAGAGGGCUCUGGGGGACUCCCCCGACAGCCUGGCUGCACUGCGGCUGGACCAGCUGCCCUCGGGGGACCUGGACGGGUUGGUGCCCACGCGAGACGAGCAGGGCCGGCCCAUCCCCGAGUGGAAGCGGCAGGUGAUGGUGCGACAGCUGCAGGCCCGGCUGGGCGAGGAGGACGGCACCGCGGACAUCCAGGAUGGUGGUGGCGGGAGUGCAGCCCCUGCAGAGCCGGCUCCCUGGCGGUACUCACAGGCGCACCAGGCCAUCCUGGGCCCCUUCGGGGAGCUCCUGACGGAGGAUGACCUGGUAUACCUGGAGAAGCAGAUCGCAGACCUGCAGCUGCGGCGCCGCUGCCAGGAGUACGAGAGCCAGCUGGGCAGGCUGGCGGCCGAGCUGCAGGCGCUGCUUCCCGAGCCCCUCGUCAGCAUCACCGUCAACAGCCACUUCCUGCCCCGGGCGCCCGGGCUGGAGGACCAGGGGGACCCGGCACUGGCAGCCCAGCCCAAGGACCCUGCAGAGGCAGGGACGACUGAGCCAGGUGGGCACCCACUGCCCUUCUGGUGCGGCCACAUCGGCCGCCUGGUGCGCAGCCUGUCACUGCUGCUGAAGGGUGUGAAUGGCCUGGCCCAGGGUGAGGAGCCCGCGGCUGCCCUGGGCCCACCGGACACCCACAGGGAGGCGCCCGCCGGCCCAGCCCGCAGCGAGGCCCAGCGCGAGAUCCAGGGCUGGGGCGUGUCCGUGCGGAUGCUGCGUGGCCACUUUGAGUCUGUCCCCGCUGCCAGCCCGCCCUGUGCCCCUAGCCCAGGCCUCUGUGAGGCUGGCUCCCGGCCCGCGCAGUGCAUGGGAGGCUGCUGGCCAGCGGAACCGCAUCCCCGAGGCGGGCCAGCAGGAGGCGAGCCCGGGCCGGGAGACACGGAGGAGGCCAGCGACUCGGGCAUCAGCUGCGAAGAGGCCGCCUCAGAGGCGGGCGCACUGCCCGGGCCGGACCUGGCCAGCCUGCGCAAGGAGCGCAUCGUCACACUCUUUCUCGGCCACUGGAAGCGCUCGGCCUACACACCCGCGCUCAAGACGGCUGCCUGCAGGACCCUGGAGGCCCGGCGCACCCGGCCACAGGGCCUUGAGAGCCUGCGCCCCACAGAGCCACAGGCCCCACAGAGCCUGCGCCCGCCCUCUCCGCCCCCCGGCCCGGGCCCGAGGCUCGGCCACCUGUGGCAGCAGCGCAGCGCCAUUGCCCACCUGUUGGGCAGCUGGAAAGCCAUUCUGGCGCAUGUGCCCGCCCGGCAGCUACGGCGGCUGAGCCGGCGGCCCCGCGGGCCCCUGUCCCCCGAGCAGUUCCUGCCCCACGUGGACGGGGCGCCCGUGCCCUACAGCAGCCUCUCCCUGGACCUCUUCAUGCUGGGCUACUUCCAGCUGCUGGAGUGCGACCUGCCGCCGGAGGAGCGCAAGAUGCGGCACCUGCUGUGCUUCGAGGUCUUCGAGCACCUGGGCGCCCACGGCUGGGAGGCGGUGCGGGCCUUCCACAAGGCCGUGACGGACGAGGUGGCCACCGGCCGCCGCGCCUGGACCGAUGGCUUCGAGGACAUUAAAGCCCGCUUCUUCGGCUCCAGCCAGGGUCCGGCCUGGGACAUGGAGCCCGGCAGAAAGUCAGGGGUGACCCCGCUCGGGCCCCUGCCGCGCCCCUCCGUCCCCAGCAGCGUCCCUGGAAGUGUGCCCAGCAGUGUGCCCGAGCCAGCGGCACAGCGGCCAGGUCCCGGCUCGCAGCGGGGCAGCUUCAACAGCGAGGACAUCUGCGGCUACAUCGACCGCAGCUUUGCCUUCUGGAAGGAGAAGGAGGCAGAGAUGUUCCACCUCGGGGAGUGAGCGCCGCCACAGAUGCCAGCUGGACGGGCAGCCUGGUCCUCCCGCCGCCUCCCUGCCCAGCCCCUGCUCUGCAGAGGGCGGAGGGCCCGGCAUGGUGCCCGCCUGAGCGGGACUGAGCUGGAGCCCUCGGUCGCUGCAGUCACAGGGUCCUAGUGUCCCAUCCCAGCCCAGCGCCCUCUGCCUGGGCACCGGGACCCAGGGUGCCAGCCUGCUUCCUGCUUCCCUUCCGGGGGCUUGAGGGCACGGGUCUGUCCGGUCCUGCCUCUCCCUCCCACUGCCCCCCAGAGCACCAUGGGGCAGAGCUGGAGAGAGCAGACACGGCGACACAGCAUAGAGACCACACUGCCCGCUGUCCAGGCGCAGGGCGGUGGCCCACACAGACUCCCUGCCUCCACACCAGGAGCCACUGCCCUGCUAGUGCCCACCAGGCCCCACCAAGGACCCUGGCCCCGAGGAGGGGCUCCCCAGGCGGCCCCUGCCCCCUAAGCAGCAGGGCCCUGAGAGCGAGGACCGGGGUGCCAACCUCAGCGGACAGCGCCGGGCCACUGUCACGUGGGCACUCAGGUGUUACCAGGCCAUCCCUUCCCCAGCAGCAGAAGGACGGGGAGGAGAUGGGCCCUGCCUCGGGGCCCCUGCUGGCUCAGGCUCCACAGAGCUAGGCCUCAGAAGGACCUGAAGGCUGUCGAGGUGCAGCUCGUCCCCAGCUCCUGGUAGCAGCCGGAAGGAUGGGCCGCCGCGAGGCUUUGGGGUGGGGGCUGUGAAAGGCCCCUGGGCCUGGGUGAGGAGGGGGUUUCCUGACUCCAUGUCCCCCCUGCCCGCGGUCACACAGCUCAGGGUCAAGUAGACAAGGGGACAGGCCACCGCCAGGGGUCUCCUGCAAGGAGCCCUCAGCCCUGGGUUUCGCAGGCCGUGCCCUGGGGAGACAUGAAUUUGGGGUGGCACCAGCAGGGCUGGGCAGGGAAGGGGCACUGACCCUGGCUCCCGGCCACUGCUGGCCACUUACCAUCCCUGGGCCCUGCCACAACCCCCACGGAGACACUCACCUGCAGCUGACCCUGGACCUGCAUUUGCUCAAUAAAUCUCCCAUCCCAGGCCAGCCUUGCUCUCGUGUUAUUGUCCAGGGUCCUGGGAGUGCCCCUGUGCCCAUGCGCCCAGCCCCGGGCGGGCGCCAGACCCAAGCCCACCCUGCCGCUGCAGGCC